AUGGGAAAAUCUGGGGAUAAAGGAAGCAACAAUGAAUGGUGUCGCUGCUUGCACUGCACAAUUGCAUUCCCAACGAACGAGGUUUCGGCUACCACUAAUGAUGUUGAAACAGUUUUGAACGAAAUAUGUGAAGUGCUCAAAGCCCAUGAAGACAGAUAUGAUGGUGUAAUUGUUGACAUAGAGAAUAUGCAGAACGAUGCUUGUUGUUUUGCAGCUUCACUGAAGGCAUCACUUUCUCAAUGGGCACGCCAGGGAAAGAAGGCGGUGUGGAUUAAAGUUCCCAAGGAACAGGCGAAACUAGUACCCGUUGCGAUUGAGGUGGGAUUUGGGUACCACCACGCAGAGCCUUCAUAUGUGAUGUUAGUGCAUUGGAUCCCUCAAACUCCCCCCACCAUCCCUGAUAAUGCUUCACAUCAAGCGGGAGUUGCAGCUUUUGUAUUCAACGAGGACGGAGAGGUUCUAGUAGUUCAAGAAAAGUGUGGCCCUUACAAAGAUUCCGGGUUGUGGAAGAUGCCAACAGGAAGAAUUAACCAGGGGGAAGGCAUUAAGGAAGGGGCCGUAAGAGAAGUUCAGGAAGAAACAGGGGUAAAUGUCACUUACCUCACCUUUUUCCUCUGAAUCAGGAUUUUUAGCUUAUGUUCAAUAUAAU